GUAGGUUAAAAAUAAAAAAAUGGCUUUAGAUUUUGUGGCAACCUACAAAGUUUUAGUGUUAGGUGACUCCAAUGUGGGCAAAACCUGCAUUGUACAUCGGUACUGUGAUGAAAAAUAUUACGAAACAUAUAUUUCCACUAUUGGCAUUGAUUUUAAACAGAAAUUAAUAAAUUUAGAUGGUGUGCCAAUAAAAUUACAAAUCUGGGACACUGCUGGACAGGAACGCUUUCGUACACUGACAACGGCCUAUUAUCGUGGUGCUAUGGGCAUUUUAUUGAUGUAUGAUGUGACGAACUUGGAAAGUUAUAAUAAUUUAUCUUAUUGGUUACGAAAUAUACAAGAGAAUGCCUCGCCGGAUGUUGUGAAAGUAUUAGCUGGCAACAAAUGUGAAUGCUCAGCAACACAGCGUAUGGUAGAUAAGGAGAGAGGGGAAAAGGUAAAUAUUCAUAAAAUUAAAGUCGAAAUAUACACAGACAUGGUUUUUACGUAG